AGACCAUUUUAUUUUCAAGAAAACUCUCCAUCCAGGAGGACACCUACUCAAUAGACGCAAAUGAAAGCUUUAUCUCUCUUGGACCCAACUACAGUUCUCCUAUCGGCUUUGGUGCAAAGCCCACAGUUUACGUGAAAACACAGGCGCCAGUACACUUAGUACUAUGGAUGGUCAAGGGAGACUAUUUGAUAUCAGCCAUGGUGAAACUUCUGCCAGUGACCGCCUGGGGAACGGUCUAUUUGGCCAUCACUUUAAAAAGGAGCCCUUACAUUUUGGUCACAGCUUGUGUCGACGGGACUGAAAUUGAAGUACAUCUCAAUGUAGCCAAAUUUAGGAAAGUCAGAGUACCCAAAAAGAGCUUAUUCCGUAAAAGGCCUACCUACCAAUUUACACUCGACAUGUACCAGUCAUAUUCUGCGUCCUCUUGUAUAGAAAGCCAGAAGAUGGAGGACAGCGGAUUUACAGGAACUAAGAUCAUGGCGACAGAACCAGUUGGCGUUAUUACCGGAAGUUGUCUCGGAAGGACUCUCUCUUAUCAGACAAAAACUCAAGACAUUAUGAUAGAAUCUGGAUAUCCCAAGAAGUAUUUUGGACAAGAGUUCAUCCUCUUUGUUCCAACGGCACAAAUGUUAGACCUUGAGAAACCCAAAGGACAGCUUCUUGUCAUUGCAAUUGAGGCCGAUACGGAUGUCACCUUGGGAGGAGCAGCUACAGCAACAUUGACGCUGAAAAACGAAGGUGAUAAAGAGGAAAUGGUGUAUACUGACCACCAAGUCCUGAAGACAACGAGACCAGCUUCGGUCUAUCUGAUACUCUGCUGCCAGAAUGACCCCAAUGGUCAGAACGUCCGUUCCGUCUCGAUUCUUGUUCCUGAUGAGCUGUUCGCCAAUUUAUACACGAUGAGACAGAUACUUCCCAAGUCUUCUACCAUCAUCUACUUCGUCGUUAUCUACAAGAAACUGUCUACAUUUGUCGAUGAAAUGAAUGCAGUCGUCAAAAUUUUCAAUCCAAACGAUGUGAUGGGAAAUGAAAACUGGCAAGUUGGAUUUAUUCCUGUACGAUCUUCGUUUGCAACCCUACACACGAACCACUGGGCUUCGUUCGGAUGUUAUCUCUGGCAGCAGAGCAACUCUUCUUGCUCUGUUACUUUUGCAGACUUCGACGCGAAGACUUUCCCGGUAAGAAGAAAGAGGCAGGAGAAAAACGACAAAGUGAAAGAUGGCAAAUUGAAUGAGACGAGUAAGGCAGAAGAAGAGCGCAAUACCACGAAGACCCCGACCCCUAAAGUUUGCACUGAAGGAUGCCAGGACGCUGGACCAAAGGAGGAGGAAGAGCUUAUGCCCAAAGUAGUGCACGGCAACUGGGCUACGUGGGAGGAGUGGUUGUGCACAGAGAACUGUAAUGCGAGUCACCAAGAAAGAAGGAGAUUCUGUGAUGAUCCUGCUCCUGCUUUCGGUGGAGAGCAAUGCUCUGGGGAUAACAUUGAGAGCAGAGCCAGCAACUGUUAUAAGAAUAAAUCAGAUUGCCCCACAGACUGCCCAAAGCAAUGGUGGGGCGAAGGAUGCGCUAGACAUUGUCCAAAUUGUGCAGGAGACUGUGACAAAUUCAAUGGCAGCUGUAGCGAUUGCGAGCCUGGUUACAGAGUUCCUUAUCGAGGUUGUAAACAAAGGUGCCAUAGUCUCUGGUACGGGCCAGGCUGUAACUUUAGCUGUUUAUCCAAAUGCGGAGAUAUAUGUACCGACUCAGUGACCGGGGAUUGUCCCAAAGUUUACUUACUACCAUGGAUUAUAUUGGCAAUUUGUGUGAUUGUUCCAUGUGGAAUUCUGAUAUGCGGGAUACAUAUGGAGAAGCAUCGGGAAAGCUAUACGGAAAGCUGGAGUGACACGCGAACCUCUUACACCAUCUCAAAGGACUACAGCGGGAUUUCGGAAACCCUCAUAUCUGUCAUGAGCACCAUGGAGGAUUUUAACACCAGGCCUGACAUUCCUCCCAUCAGGGAUGACCAGAUGUCCAGAAGGUCUUCCAUUUUGCUACAAGCCCUGUGGACAACCCAGCCUGUGGUAGAGACUGUUCCCAAAGAAAAACCAAAGUCCGUGUUACCGCGGCAGUACCAACACGAGUACCAAAACCAACACUAUCACAUCGGCAGCAAGCACCACCUCCGUGAUCAGCAUAAGCGAAAAGACAAGGAAGAUGACAUGACAGAGGACUAUGAGGAUUCAGAAAGUGCAGAAUGACUCGUGAAUGAUCAAAGCGACAUACUGUCUGUUGUUGUGCAAGAGCCCAUUCUAUGAAAUUACUUACAAUACUGAAUCAAUGCUGAAUGAAAUGUACGUAGAUCAAGUUGGUGCAUGAUUAAUGUGACCUUAAAGGGCCCUCGACGCUGAACAAGUGGCCACUUUAUAGCCUUAUUUAGAUCUAAUUAGUAAACUAAUUUUAUCGUAAUUUACAUAACGUUCUAAGGUGACCCCUAGAGUCACUAAUUUGAGAAUCACUUGUUCGUGAGUCACUAGUUUGAGAGUCACUAAUUCGUUGUGUCAACCUAUACAAUAGUUUUGCUUAUGUGUCACUCCAGUGGUUUAUGGAUGGCUACAGUUGACGAAAUAACGGAGUCUAACAGAAGUAACACUUUUUCUUAUGAAAGCACCAGAAAGCAAUGUUCAUAGCACUAUCAUGUGUGGCAGCGUUUCUCAAAAUGAUUUCAAUAUUACGUUCAUUGUUUGCCUCCUUCAGUCGUAGAACGACUAUUGUUCAUCUUGAACACUUUUUCAUGUGACUAUAUAGCCCUGUAUUUGGAGAGACAUUCCCGUCCACAUAUAUCGAAGGUUAAGGUUGCAUUUGCUAAGGUGGUAGAGGAGCAGGCCAUUCUUCGUGCGGCACGCUUUUCUUCCAGAGCUGAGGCCCAUGUUUUCUUCUAGAGCUGAGGCCCAUGUUUUCUUCCAGAGUUGAGGCCCAUGUUUUCUUCUAGAGCUGAGGCCCAUGUUUACUUCAAGAGCUGAGGCCCAUGUUUUCUUCUAGAGCUGAGGCCCAUGUUUUCUUCCAGAGCUGAGGCCCAUGUUUUCUUCUAGAGCUGAGGCCCAUGUUUUCUUCCAGAGCUGAGGCCCAUGUUUUCUUCCAGAGCUGAGGCCCAUGUUUUCUUCUAGAGCUGAGGCCCAUGUUUUCUUCUAGAGCUGAGGCCCAUGUUUUCUUCUAGAGCUGAGGCCCAUGUUUUCUUCCAGAGCUGAGGCCCAUGUUUUCUUCCAGAGCUGAGGCCCAUGUUUUCUUCCAGAGCUGAGGCCCAUGUUUUCUUCCAGAGCUAAGGCCCAUGUUUUCUUCCAGAGCUGAGGCCCAUGUUUUCUUCCAGAGCUGAGGCCCAUGUUUUCUUCUAGAGUUGAGGCCCAUGUUUUCCUCUAGAGCUGAGGCCCAUGUUUUUUGCUGUCCAUAGCUUUCUUGGUCACCGUCUCUCACUCCAACUAGUGCGGUCUAGGGCUGUGUCUUCCCAAUGGUCAGUAUUAAUGUUCAUUGUUUUGAAGUCUCGUUUGAUUAAAUCCACCUAACGGAAGUGGGGGCGACCAGAUUUUCUUGAUUCAGAAGCGAUUCGCAUGUACACAAUGAUUUUCGGGAUGCGAUAGUCCUCCGUCCGGUGUACAUGUCCAUAAAUGUACUAUCUAGGGCUUUAUUUAGACAAUCUGGCUUGUUUGGAAAGUUUAUGUUCCUUCAGUAUUGACGGAUUCUAAAUCGUAGCCCCAAACCCCCCCCCCCAGGUGGUCGAGGGAUAACGUGGGCCAGGGUUCGAAGUUCUAAACUUCUUUACCAAGCAGCCAUCCACUGUAAGUGAAACAAGUUUAGGCCUAUCUUUAUUAAAGAUUUUUUAAACAAAUAAAGUACCUUUAUAAUAAUGUGUGUAGAUUUUUUAAUACUAUUAGGUAGAGAGGCAAUGAAUUACUUUUAAUCCACUGUAUUUGUGUAUAUCACAUAAAUAGAUUGAAAAUGACAAUAUA